AUGGCAGGCAGCUCUCCAUCUAACUCUCCAUCUGAAUCCCCUGCAACCAAAUCCAACCAACACAACCCAUCUGUUUUACAAGCACAUUCACAUACCACUUAUCUUGAUAUACCCAAUGCUAGAACACAAGUCAUCAACUUUAAUCCGGCAUUACAACUGCCAAUAAAGCUCACACGCAGUAACAACUUCGCAACUUGGAAAGCUCAAUUUUUCAAACAGAUGUGUGGAUUUGACCUUGUUUCUUACCUUGAUGGUUCCGCUGUUUGCCCUCCCAAAAUCAUCAAUCAAGGCGAUAUUCAUGUUAUUAAUCCAGAAUAUAAAGUAUGGUUCCAACAGGAUAGUUUGAUAUGCAAUGCGUUGAUGGCGUCGGUCGAUCCAACAAUUGUUCCUUUUGUUGCUACUGUAUCUACUGCUAAAGAGGCGUGGGACCAUUUGCACACCACAUAUGUAAAUAAGUCUCAAACCAGAAUCUAUAGUCUUCGGGAUCUUCUUGCUAAGGUUUCGAAAGAUAAUAAAUCUGUCGUAGAAUAUCUUCGAGAAAUAAGAUCCCUCGCUGACGAACUUGCCGUUGCUGGAUCACCUGUUGCUCAUGAAGAGUUAGUAAUCAAGAUUUUGAAUGGUCUUGGACCAGAAUACAGUCAAUUUAGUGCUUCUAUUCGAACACGUGAUACUCUCAUCUCUUAUGAAGAACUAUUUGAGAAACUUUUAGAUUAUGAAAUCUUCUUACUACAUGAAGAACAAAAGAAGAAGCAGACCAACUCCAUUACUGCUCAAGUAGCACAACGAAACAUUAGUUCAAACAACACCAAAAGCAAUCGGCACUGA